UUCCUUAAGAGAUAUCGAAAGUGUGGUGUUUGAAAGAGUGGCUGAAAAUCAAUUGUCUCAGCUUUAUUUAAACCUCAAAUUUAACCUCUUGUAGUCAAGUUUUAAACUCAGGUUAACUGAAAAUAUCAACAGACUAAACUUUUAUAAUAAUCUAAGAGUUAGAUCAGCAGAACCAAAAACAUGGAAAUGUCUGCUGUAACUGCGUCGCUCUGCUCGAUCUCGCUGAUUGUCCGUUUCGUCGUGUUUGUCUCUGCAGGCCAGGAAAUCAUCACAGCUGCGCCUGGAGAGAACGCUACUCUGCCAUGUCGAGCUCCAAACAGCAGCAGCAGCAUUUCAAUUGUAGAGUGGACCAGAGCUGACCUGCGAGAUGAAUAUGUGCUUUUGUAUCGGGACGAGCGGUUCGAUCCAGAAAACCAGCAUCUAUCUUUUAGGGACCGGGUGGAUCUGCAGGACAGACAGAUGAAGGAUGGAGACGUGUCUUUGAUUCUGAAGGAUGUGAUGAUUAAUGAUAAUGGAACAUACGAGUGUCAGGUCUUCAUGAGAGGAACAAACAUGAGGAAGAGAGCUAAUCUAGUUAAUGACCCCAUCAGCAUCAUCACACUGAGAGUUGUUCCUCCAGGUCGACCAGGAGGAGACACAGAGGAUGGAGGGAAGGAGGAUGGAGGGAAGGAGGAUGAAGGGAAGGAGGAUGCAUCUGUUGGACUGAUCGUUGGUCUGUCAGUUUCUGCUGUGCUUCUUCUUGUUGCUGUUGUUGGAUUUUUGAUCUACAGAAAACAUAAACAACAACAGAGUCAGGAUUCAUACCAGCCUCCUGUUACACUUCAGCCUGUUGAAAUGUCUCAGAGCUUCUUUCAUGGUGAUGCUGAAUAAGAGAAGUCUAUAUUACUAAUCAAAGAAGCAGGAGUAAGUCUGACUGAAGAAACCUGAACACUAGAGUCCAAGCAGAAAACCAGAAGAGUUCAUUCCAAAGAGAUUUCACAGCAGAGACAAUGUUUGAAUAAAAAGCUAACUGUCCUGCAAGUAAGAAGGAAUAAAAAUAAAUAAAAAUUAUUAAAAGUUGCAGGUUAAAAAUAAAUGAAUUUUAUUCUCCAGCACCUGUGUCGGAGUCCCAAGAAAUUAGACCUAAAGUGAUCCAGGAACGAUCAAAGACAUUUUAAUCUGCACACUGAGAAGUUGGCAGAAGAUACUACAUGUUGGAAAAAGUGUUAAAGUCUACACCUUUACUGUUUUUUUAAAAUGUUUUUUUAUUUACUUUUUUAAAUUUACUUCCAACACUGAGCAUUUGUCACUUCUGAUGUAUUGAACAAUUGUAAAUUAUUAGUAAUCGCUUUGAUGAUGUGUGUUAAAUGUUUCAAACACACAGGUUUUCAUCAUUUGAUUGCAUGUUUGGUCUGAGGCAGCUAAAUUAGUUUGUAGAGAAAAUGAAUGUCAGAUUUGUGUUUGUGGUUAGCCGCUCAUAUCAGCUCAACAUUUUAUACUCUUUACAUUUCUGUGGACAGACAUGAGUUCAUAUUUUCAAAGAAUAAUUAAGACAUCUUAAAAUACAUACAUUUUUUUUUUUUAUUUCAGUUGACGUCAGGAAUUGUUUGUAAUCAUCAUUUUUGUUCUUUCAGGUUUGAACCAAAUGAACUGAUCCUCAUGUGCAGAUCAACUGUUACAUAAUUACAGACACUAACUGAUCAGUAAUCAGUCCGAUGGUGUUAAUUUGGCAACUAUAACUGAAUGGAUGUUCUGACAGUGUCAUGAAACCAAAGAUAGAAAUGUAACAGUCAGAUGUUUCCUCUGAUCUGUGGAGAUUUAUUGAACUUUUCAUCCCAUGAACACUUGUGUUGUUUGUGUUCUGGUUGUUACUGCAGUGGAAAUAUUUCAAGAGCUAAUAAAUUUUUUACAUAAAUAGUA